CGGGCGGGCGGGGAAGGUCGCGGGAUGGAGGAGCGGGAAGGGCGGCGGCAAGGACGAAGGGGCUCGCUCUGGCUCUCGCCGCCGCCGCCCCCCGCGCCUUCCUCAGCGCCCACCUGGCGGGGGAGGUCUCCCUGCCGCCCCGCGCCCUCGGCAGCCUCUCCGCCCUCCCCAAAGGGCAUUUCUGGCCGGCUCGUCGCAGGACCGCUCGCCGCCGCCGCCGCCGCCGCAUUGUGCCCUCCGUCGCCGGCCCAGACGCUGCCCAGCGCCCUGCGCGUCGUUCUGCCCCGGAAGAGUGGCCCUGCCCUAAAGCGUCGCUCCCGCGCCCACCGCCGCUCCUGCCGGCCAGGCAUGGCCAGGCCCCGCAGCCCGCCCUGCUUGCCGGGCACCUUCCUGGGCAACUGCAGCCCGCCGCCGCCUCCCCGCUACUCUCCAGAAUUCGGCCGUCUCGGUCUGUCCGCUCCCUGGAUCAGUCGCGAACUGCUUUGCCUGCCACUCUGCCCUUCCCCUGGCUUACCAUGUGCAAUUGUUGCCCCCGCAGAACGGCCGCUCUUUAUAGACUGCUCCUGUAACAAUCCCGCUGCACAGGCACACCUGGCGCAUCCCGCGUGAAAGCCGCCUCUGCCUCUUGCCGAUGUGGCGGGGGCCAGGGACUUCCACACACUCUGGCUCCAUCAGUUGCUGCUUCUUUCCACCUUGCCCUCUUCUGCCUGUCGGUGUCACGGCAUCCCUCCUCUCUUCCCCAGGCCUGGAUUGUUACCGUCUAGAUAUAUAUUUUUUCCUCCAUGCCAAGCUAGAGCCUUUGGCAUAUUUUGUGAGAUGACCAGCCCCUGGCUCUCUUUUCUUCCUGCUGUAGCUGAUUUUAAAUCUCGCGUUCUACUUUUAGCAACUCAUUUCCUACACCUAUGGAAACUAAGUAUCUUUCUGUUUAUUUUUAUAUUAACCAGCAUCUCUGUAGUUUGAUUAGCUGUAACUGACCCUUUAUUUAAAAACAACCCUUUUUAUCAUGUGUAAUAUUCAUUUCUUCACCAUCAUUUCUCUCUCUCUCUUUCUGUCUGUGUUAUCAUGUCGCCCUGAUUAUGUUUUGCUGUUCCAGCAGAUAUUAGCCUCAUUUUGCUCCCUUGUUGUCUGUACAUUUAUAAUAGCUUUCUAGCCAUUCCCAGUGUGAUACAAAAGCAAAUAUCAAGCUAAUUACUGCAGGAUUUUUGCCUUCAAAUUGACUGUUGGAAUCUGCAGGAAGAGGAUAUUAACAGUCAGGCUAAGCAUGGAGUGCCCAUCGUGAUGUAGUGGAAGGCACCACAGAAGCUCACAUUACUUACAGGACCUAAAGAUCUAUUGUGAAUUCCUGUGAUGCUCUUCUGAUAUCUGAGGUGCUAUCUUUGUAAAUUGAAAACUCCAUCCCCUGCACUGAUAACAUAGUGACUACGUGAAUUUUCAGAGCAUUGUGGAAAACAAUGGGAAUUGGCAAGAACACCACUUCUAAGUCAGUAGAAACUGGAAGUCCAACAGAAGGCAAAUAUGAGGAUGAAUCCAAGCAUUCUGCUUUCUUCUCACUACCAGUUGUGAUGAAUGGCGGAGCAACAUCAAGUGGUGAUCAAGAUACGGAAGACACAGAACUUAUGGCAAUCUAUACUACAGAAAAUGGAAUUGCAGAAAAGAGUUCUCUGGCGGAGACACUAGAUAGCAGUGGAAGUUCAGACGCACAGAGAACAGAUAUGAUAUACACAAUUGAGGAUGUUCCUCCCUGGUACCUCUGCAUAUUCUUGGGAUUACAGCACUACCUGACCUGUUUCAGUGGCACUAUAGCAGUGCCCUUCUUGCUAGCAGAUGCCAUGUGUGUUGGAUUUGACCAGUGGGCUACUAGCCAGCUGAUUGGGACCAUAUUCUUCUGUGUUGGAAUCACAACUUUGUUACAAACAACUUUUGGGUGCAGGUUACCUUUGUUCCAAGCCAGUGCUUUUGCAUUCUUGGCUCCUGCCAGAGCUAUUCUCUCUUUGGACAAAUGGAAAUGCAAUAACACCGCAAUAACGGUUACAAAUGGAACAACAGAGCUGCUGCAUACAGAACAUAUCUGGUACCCCAGGAUACGAGAGAUCCAAGGUGCUAUUAUUAUGUCAUCUUUAAUAGAAGUGGUGAUUGGGUUCCUGGGCCUGCCAGGAGCACUCCUGAGUUACAUCGGACCUCUGACUAUUACACCAACGGUAGCUCUCAUUGGCCUUUCUGGUUUCCAGGCUGCUGGUGAAAGAGCAGGCAAACACUGGGGCAUAGCGAUGUUGACUAUUUUCCUAGUGCUGUUGUUUUCUCAGUAUGCCCGAAAUGUCAAAUUCCCAUUACCAAUCUACAAAUCUAAGAAAGGAUGGACUGCAUACCGGUUACAACUUUUUAAGAUGUUUCCUAUAAUUCUGGCCAUUCUGGUAUCCUGGUUGCUGUGCUUCAUCUUUACUGUGACUGACGUGUUUCCACCUGAUAACACCAAGUAUGGAUUCUAUGCACGCACUGAUGCUAGGCAAGGAGUGCUUUUGGUAGCGCCAUGGUUCAAGGUUCCAUAUCCAUUUCAAUGGGGAUUACCUACCAUUUCAGCUGCAGGCGUGAUUGGAAUGCUCAGUGCAGUGGUUGCUAGCAUCAUUGAAUCAAUUGGUGAUUAUUAUGCCUGUGCGAGAUUGUCUUGUGCUCCUCCACCACCAAUCCAUGCAAUAAAUAGAGGCAUUUUCAUAGAAGGCCUUUCCUGUGUAUUGGAUGGAGUGUUUGGCACUGGGAAUGGAUCUACUUCGUCUAGCCCUAACAUUGGGGUCCUGGGGAUUACGAAGGUUGGGAGUCGACGAGUUAUUCAGUAUGGGGCAGCCUUCAUGUUGCUGCUUGGAAUGGUUGGCAAGUUCAGUGCGCUGUUUGCAUCCCUCCCUGAUCCAGUGCUCGGAGCUCUCUUCUGUACCCUCUUCGGGAUGAUUACUGCAGUCGGACUUUCUAAUCUGCAGUUCAUAGAUCUGAAUUCUUCCCGGAACCUUUUUGUGCUUGGAUUUUCUAUCUUCUUUGGACUGGUCCUUCCGAGUUAUCUCAGACAAAACCCGCUUGUCACAGGAAUAGCCAGCAUUGAUCAAGUACUGAACGUUCUUCUCACUACAGCCAUGUUUGUGGGAGGUUGUGUCGCAUUUGUUUUAGAUAACACCAUUCCAGGGAGCCCUGAGGAAAGAGGAAUCCGGCAAUGGAAGAGAGGAGUGGGUAAAGGCAGCAGAUCCAUGGAUGGCAUGGAAACCUACGAUUUGCCUUUUGGCAUGGAAGUUGUGAAGAAGUACAGGUGCUUCAGUUUCUUACCCAUCAGUCCUACCUUCAUGGGCUACACGUGGAAAGGCUUCAGGAAAAACAGCAGCUCCAGGAGUUCAGAGGAAGCCUCUGAGGCAGCUGUAUAGCCCCUGCUGAAGCCUCCGUCUUCUAGCUGCAGUCAGCAGAUACAUCCGAUACAUCUGCAGUUUCUUGCUGAUCUUGCUUUAUUUUAUGGGGUUUUGUAUAUCUGCGUUUUACAUUCUGGAACCAGAGCCGAAACAGGUUAUAAAAAUAGCUUUCCCAUUGUGGACAGUGAUAGCUAUCUACAAUCUCUCUAUAAUUGUAUUAUGUUUUUGUGUUUUAAAGUACUGUUGGAAUUGCUUAUCUUGUGUUUUGGGACAACUACUGUUCUGCUGAAAGUUUAAAUCUAGAUCCAAAAUUGGUAAACAGCAUUUGUAUAAACAUAGCACUCAUACAUUCCAUUUUAAAAAAUCCCUCAUAAGCCUACAGGCAUUUGUUUAUACUAUUCUGGCAAAUUAUACCAAAAUUUUCCAUACUAGGCAGUGCUUUCAAACUUUUCCAGUAUUUAGUAUGUAAUGGAUAUGCUGACAAGUGACAAGGAACAUAGCACAUAUUCCUAAGAAAUCGACAUAGAUCUGGAGUGCUUUUAACAUUUCCUAACAUAGCAGGCAGAGUUGACUGAGGUGGUAGCUUUGUGCCUAUACCUCCCUGCAUAUUGCACAUCCCUGAACUGACAGUAAGAAUGCCUAAACAGUUUGUUAUCUUGCAUACCUGCAAGUCAGACUUUUAAAACAAUAUUUAUUAAGGACCCAAAUUCACUAGUCUUCAGUGAAUUGCUUAAAUUAGAAUAAUCAGCUUGUCUCUCAAUUUGUAUUGGUCUAUUUACGACAUUUCUGCCAAUCCCAAAAGCAGCCUUCAGUUAAUGUUGCCUUGUUUUUUUCCUUUUUUAAGCUGAACAUGGGACCUGUUUUUAAAACGGGAGAGACUCUGUGUGCAUCACUGUCCACUGGAUGGUUUAACGGGUAUUGGGGGCCCAUUGUGGGUGCCAUUCACUUUUUUUCCUGUACUAGUCUUGGCUCUGACAAUACAUGGUUGUCAAUGCUCAUCAUGCAUUCAUAAUUGUGAAGAUUUAUUCCUGUUUAAUGUUCGUACUGUUGCAAAUUAGUUUUUAGCCAUAAACCUUUUGUUCCUUUCUUAUUUCUUUCCAAUGUGGCCCAAAAGGCAUUUUUAAGCUGUGGAAAGAUUUGUCAGAGAGGCAUUAGGGUAAGUGUUCCCUAAAGGCCAGUAUGCUCUAAGGUGCUUGUGUUUUGUAGUCAGUCUCUCUCUCUCUCUCCUUCUCUCUCUCUCAUAUAUUCCUAAUGCAGGUAUGGUAAAUGGUUGGUCAGUUUCUCAAGCAUGGCUACUAGAGAGACACAAAGGGACUUUCAUUUAUCUCUGAGGAAAGUGAAAGGAGCCUGGAUGUAUCAAGUAUUGAAUAGUUAGGAAGGGAAGCAGAUCAGUGGAUGGUGAAUGUUUCCUGCCAUUUCUACUACAUUUUCCUUGUACAGCUUUUCACACCAGGAUUAUUUCCCCUGUCUGAUCUUUCCUCACAUAACUUCCAGCAGUGUGCUGUCUUGGAAUCAAACCAAGUAUCAUGAAAACCAGCCAAAAGAGUAAUUGUUUUAAAAUAAAAAAGGUUAAAUCAGGACUGGUGCACAGUCACUUGAGCAUAAGAGACCUCCCAUGACCUUGAGAAAUAUAUAACACUAAGGCCACAAUCCUGCUCGUACUUACCUAGAAUUAAGCUUCAUCGAGCACAGUGAAGCUUCCUUCUGAGUAAGCACACAGAGGUGGCAUGUUUGCUUUCCACCUUGUAUGUUGUGUGCAACCAAAGAAAAGAUGGGUGGAAACAAACAGUUCCCCAUAUGUGGGUGGUGGCUAAUAAUAAUGUAAAAUGCCAAAGCCAUUUUUUCUGCACACAUUAGAGCAGCCUUCACCAACCAGGUGCCCUCUAAAUGUAUUGGACAAAAACUCCCAUCAGCCCCAGCUGAUGGGAACUGUCGUCCAAAAUCUAGAGGACACCACAUUGCAUGAGUGAGGCAAAAGUUGUGUGUUUGUCAUAUUGUCAGAGUUUAGCAUAGCCUUGUUUUGGUCAUUUUUGUUUUGUUUCUUGCUAAGGUGCCAGUUGCUUGCUGAUAGCAGAACUGAAAUGUCACUGAAUGCGAUGUGCUACGAUAACACACUCUUCCACAACUUCCCUGUUUGCUUCAGUAGGCUUAUACAGGAGUAGAUCCCCAAUGGACAGUGCCCAGCACAAAAAACAAGAAGUAUAGCUGCUAGCCAUACAGCUGGUGGUAGGGCAUGGUAUUGAGUACCUGUCGUAUUCUGCUAGCAACUGUGGUAAAGUAAACACUAAACUUGUAGCUUAACUAUGCUUAAGUUGUAAACUUAUCUUUAAGUGAAACAGAACUACGAGCCAAUUCAUACUUCAUACCGAAGCAAGCGAGUUGCCCUUUUUGUCUCACUUUUGAGAUGCAAAUUACUGGUUUUAGAGGGUUCUCCCACCAUCCUGGGAUGUAGAAUUUAAAAAUGAAAAAAUGGUUUCCAAAAACCUUGACUAGCUUGGCAGUCUUUGUACUGCAUUAGCUGCACCAACCUGACUACAGACAGCUGAGAAUUAUUGAAUAAAAUCUUUGCCAGAGUUUUGCAGUGUUUACAAGCACAGUCUGGUUUAUUAAAUGACUCUGCCCCCCAAAUCCUGUGAAAGACAAGACGAUCUUGUCUGCUUACAAAAGGUUUUAACGGUCAGGAUGUAGAGCAUUCAGAAUGUUAGGUGUUUCUGCAGUUAUGGAAAGAAUAUAGGGAAAGUUAAUGCAUAUACUUUGUAGUCUUGAGAAAAAAAUGAGAGAGAAAUUGAGAGUCAAAUACAGGAAAGUGUGUGGCUGUGUGGCAAAGUGAGGUAGCAAGACUUGGGUAUCACUAAAAGUGGGAGAUGGGAGUCAAGCACUAUUAAAACGAGUACAGCAAUAUUCUGGCACAGCUCCCAUUAGUUUCAAUGGUGCUUGAACAGGAGGAUUAAGGUAGACUGCACCCCAUGUUAAACAGUUGGGGGAAUGGUCUUCUGAAGCAUCCACCUCUGGGACCAAAAUGGCUUAAGACUGUAUAUAUGAAACAAAAUUCAGAAAACUCCUUUCUCUGGAUGCCCUCCAAGCCCUGUAAAUUUCAGUUGUGUGUUGGGGGGGGGUAUUUGAUGCAUCUCUUACUUUUUUUUUAAAGUGGUGUAUGAACUUCAGCUACCAAUUGAUGGGCUUCAAAAGUGUGUAUGUUGUAAACAGUAUUGUUUAAGAGCAAAGAACACUUAGCUACUUACAUGUAUCCUAGCUGGGAGUAAAAACAACGUUGUGAUACUUUCAAUUGUGGCUUCUUUGUAGCCUCCUGCCUUUCUACAAUCAAAAUUAAACAAUGCGGUCAAAAGAGAACAUCUAAUCAGAAGGGCUGGGGAAAAGCAAUGAGAAAUUUCAGUCAAAAGAAGUAAAUAUUCAUGAUUAAAACAUCACCAUGAUGUCAAAGAUCUAUAACUAUAUAUUCAAAGCAAAAUCAUUUGGGAGCUUUUGUAUUUAACAUAAAAACCUAUGUUAAUUUUUUUAAUUAAGUCCUCUGGCUAAGAUGUUUAAAUGUGUCUUAUAAAAUGAUGCCUCCUGAAUUUAUAUUUAAUUGUUAAUUUUAUCUGUGAUUGAAAAAAUGUAUUAAUCAGAAUAAGCUGCAUCAGGGAAGAGGUUUUUAAAUUUACACGGUCAAUUUGUUUUACACCGUUUAAUACUAACUUUCAGUAUGGCAACUUUGUAAAUGAGUAUUGCAGUAUUUUAUUUCCAUACACUUUAAAAGGAAAAAAAAACACCCAACAAAUAACAUUUUCGCCCAAGAUAAUAAUAGUCACAGGUUUCCUGGGCGGGAGUGAUAUGAUUGUCAUGACAAUGUCAUGUGAUAGAAUUUCUUCGUUGAUGAAUUGCUAGUGAUUGUGUAUACUUUAUUUACCUAUGCUUAUGUUGUUAAGUGGAAACAGAGAGGAAUUCUUGAUCACCUCUCUCCUAAAAACAUGGGACUGGCAACAUUGCUUCAGGACCAGCAGCAGAGCACGUUGAGCAUAGAGCAUGUGCAGCCAUGGGACAAGGUGCAAGGCCAUCUCCGAUAGUAGGUUUUUAUUCUGCCUACUAUUUCAAGGCGACAUUUGGAUACAUCCAGUCCCUGACUCAUAGGGGACAAUCUGCAGGGGAAUUCUCCUAGGCAAGCUUCAUUUGAAGUGAACAGGAGUUCCUGUGUUCCUGUUCAUUUCAGAGAGGUUUGUGAAGGAGAACCUUGCCAUAUUACUUAACGUGUACAUGUUUGGAGGGGUGGGUGAGGAGAAUGCCUUCUGGAUUUUCUGCUUCAAGCUCCAAAAUGUCUCGGGCUGGCUCUGGAUGAGAAUUAGAAAGAGAUGCUAAUCAGAUGUAAAGAUUAAGCAGUCAGACCAAAACAUGUCACCCUCUCACUGAUGGCACAAAUUAGGCUUCUAUCAUCUGUGAAGUGCCGAACUCUAAUGGCCUAACUUCAGGCUGCUUCCCAUGUUAUGGCCUUAUUGGUGAGCAUUCCUAGAGCCACUAGUCCUCUUGGCUUUCCCCUUGGCGCCACCUGGCUCUCAACCCAAUCCCAGCCAUACCAGCCACAGGUGGAGUUCCCAAGAGGCUCAUGUAGGAGUUUGUCAGGAGGAAGGGGAAGAGCCUAGUGGUCAGAAACGUGGGUCAUUUAGAGCCAUUGGCUGAACCUAAGCCCAGGUCACCUGCAGAAGUAUGUUACCUCUGUCAGUGUACUCCAAGGAGGCAGCUGCUGAUGUGCUUCCUCCCUACUUUUGCUGCUUUUGCCCGCCUGGGAGAAUAGCCCAGCCUAUUGAAGGUGUAUGAUAAGCUGUUUGUGCGCACAUGGAUUUUAGCCAGUUUUAACAUGGGCCAUUUGGCUGUCGGCCCACCUACUCCUUUCCCUGCCGCCCUUGCUUUAGAAGUAAGGGACAGAGCCUCAGAAGCGACCCCCAUCUCUUUUGGAGGCCUGCAUCCAACUUUCCUGCAAGCUCAGCGCUCUGAUGUAGCUUGUUCAGAUGCAGUAGGGCCUCUUUGCAGUAAGGCUUCUUUGUCUUUAAACCAUAAAGUGGGAAAGCAGCCUUUUGCCCUUGGACGUGUGCCGGCAUUCCAAAGCGACACAACUCAUAUCUCAAUAUGCAUGACAGACCAGCACAAAAUGGCCUUUUUCUUUUGUUCUUCAGUGGCCUUCCUGAACCAAAAUAACCAUCAUUAACCACCACCAGAGGAAGGUGCGGGGAGCAAGUCCCUGCAGAAAAUGUAUUCUCAUCACUUGUGUUUUUUGCAUGGUGCAUGGUGCAUUUCUAGAGCUUCUCACUCAAAAGGUUUCUUAGCCUGCCUGCACAGAGGACAGCAGAUUGCUGGGGCUUCACAUUUUGUAGUGCUAGAUCCUUUGUCAUUUGUGCUGUGAGGAGGCCACGUGUUAGCCAGUAUUUAGCUUCUGCCCGUUAGUCUCUAUACUGUUAUAGUGCUGGGCUGCUUUAAGUAUUGAGAAUUCAUCUUCAGCAACAUCCAAAACAUUCCUGUCUGGUUAUGAUUUACUUGUGGCUGUGAUUAGUCAUCAGUACAUUUGAUCGCAGAGAAUUCCCUUGUGUGUUGCCUGGCAUCUUUCCAAGUGAACCAUCUUGCUGUGCAUCUCCCCCCCUUCUUUGUUCUGUUCAUAACAACUUUUGAUGUAACAAACUCUUGACUGUUUUUUAGACAAUGGGGAUAAAUAAUUCCCCCCCCCCCGAGUUUUUUGUGAAUGACUUGGACUACACAAUCUCAUGUUACAUACCAAGUUCGGUUUUUUCUUUGAGAUGUGUAAUUCUUUUAUUGAGAUUUUUAUGGAUUUUGUUGUGUUUUGCUGGGAUUUUUUUCUAACAUUGCUUUAUUAAACAUUGAAAUAUUUAAGAAAUAUGUAAUAUUUGGACCAGAUGUUGUGAAUAAUAGUAGAUAAAAGCUAUUUUAUUCUGUAUUUUUAAAAGCUGUUCAGUACAAAUAAAAGGUGACA